UUUAUCGACCUCACGCCCUCCUCGCCUCACGGAAAUCUCUCCUCUUCGUCCUCCUCUCUCAUGCUCUCUCUCGUUGCUAUUUUUGGGUUCGGUGAAAACUUAGGCGAGGAGCAAGCGAUACAUCGUCUUCGGUUACAUAUUCUCUAAGAGGAUCUCGAGUAAGGCCCCAGCUGCAGGUGUAGCGCCUUCAAUCUCCGCCAUGAAUCCGGAGUAUGACUAUCUGUUCAAACUUUUGCUUAUUGGAGAUUCAGGUGUUGGAAAAUCAUGUUUACUUCUAAGAUUUGCAGAUGACUCCUACUUGGAAAGUUACAUCAGCACUAUUGGAGUUGACUUUAAAAUACGCACAGUUGAGCAGGAUGGAAAGACCAUUAAACUUCAAAUUUGGGAUACUGCUGGGCAAGAGCGCUUCAGAACCAUCACAAGCAGCUAUUAUCGAGGUGCUCAUGGCAUCAUUGUGGUGUAUGAUGUGACAGACCAGGAGAGCUUUAAUAAUGUGAAGACUUGGCUAAAUGAGAUUGACCGAUACGCAAGCGAUAAUGUGAACAAGCUUCUGGUGGGCAACAAGAAUGAUCUUACUGCAAAAAGAGCUGUAUCAUAUGAGACAGCCAAGGCAUUUGCUGAUGAGAUUGGUAUUCCUUUCAUGGAGACUAGUGCGAAAGAUGCUACCAAUGUUGAGCAGGCGUUCAUGGCCAUGACUGCUGCCAUCAAGAAUAGGAUGGCCAACCAACCAGCCAGCAACAAUGCAAGGCCGCCAACAGUACAAAUCCGUGGACAACCUGUAACCCAGAAGAGCACCUGCUGCUCUUCCUGAGAAUUUUACGAUUCUUGUAAAAACUACCUGUUACUCUGAUACAAUGCCCUGCCCUGUGUUACGUUCAUUGCAAGUUUGACGCAUUGAUUCAUACCUUACUAGUCAUUUAGUUGUACAAAUUGAAUAUUUCUAUUAUAAUGUCUGAUAUUCCCGUA